AUGGCGCCGAAUUUGCGUGUGCAUGACACUCUCAAUGAACUGGACGAUUGCAACAUUAAGAGCACCAAGCCGCUGAUACCCCCGCAAAUUCUCAUGGAAGAGUACCCUCUCAACAUGCAAGCCGCACAAGCCGUGCUCGCAGGCCGUCGCGACACAGAAGACAUUAUGAGCGGGAAGCAGGACCGUAUUAUUGUAGUUGUCGGCCCGUGCUCCGUGCAUGAUGUCCGUGCCGGUCUCGACUACGCGCAAAAGCUGCGCGCGUAUGCCGAGCAUGCCAAAGACGAUCUGCACAUUAUCAUGCGCGUGUACUUUGAAAAGCCACGCACGACCGUCGGAUGGAAAGGCUUGAUUAACGACCCCAACCUGGACGGGACGUACGAAAUCAACAAAGGCUUGCGUCUUGCGCGCGGCUUCCUGCUCGAGAUUGCGAAAAUGGGCCUUGCUACAGGCGCAGAGUUCCUCGACACCAUUAGCCCGCAGUACACAGCGGACCUGAUCUCCUGGGGCGCUAUUGGAGCACGCACUACGGAAUCGCAGGUGCACCGUGAACUCACGAGCGGCCUAAGCAUGCCCGUUGGGUUCAAGAACGGCACGGACGGGUCCGUGGCAAUUGCCGUGGACGCCAUCAAGUCGGCCUCAAGCGAGCACUCUUUCCUUUCUGUGACAAAACAGGGCAUUUCUGCGAUUAUCGAGACGGCUGGAAACAAAAACUGCCACGUUAUUCUGCGUGGGUCCAACAGCGGACCGAAUUACGCGCCGGAACAUGUACAGAGCGCGUCGGCCGCGCUGGAAAAGGCCGGCAUUGCGCCGCGCAUUAUGAUCGACUGCAGUCACGGAAACAGCGAGAAGAAGCAUGAAAACCAGGUCAAGGUUGUGGACAGCGUUGUGGAGCAGCUCUCGCGUGCCGACGACAGUGCUCGGAGUAUUAUCGGCGUCAUGCUCGAGUCCAACAUUGUCCAAGGCAAGCAGAGCAUUCCUUCUUCUGGCCCCGCCGCUCUCACCUAUGGUCAGUCGAUCACCGAUGCCUGCAUUGGCUGGGAUACCACGGUUGCCGUGCUGGACAAGCUGCGCGAGGGCGUGCGUGCGCGCCGCGAUGGGACGCCCCCGUCGCUGCGCUUCAACGUACCGAUGAACGAACACGUCGUGCAGCCCUCCUUGGGAAAGCCAGGCGUGAAUGACGCAGCACUGGGCAUGCUGGGCAAGCAGUAA